GGUAGUUGAGCCCGCGUGUCAGUGGGCAGUCUGUGUGUGGUACUGCGAUUGUUGGAGAUACUGGGCAAAGCGUUUGUGAGCGGCUGGCACGUAGGAACCGAACUUUUCACCAUCAAACCUUUAAAAUAAACAAAUAGGUGUUUGGGCGAACUAACCAACAGCAGGAUUUCUACCAAUUUUGAGCAACCGAGACACGAGUCUUAACGAUUAAUAGCUGAGAAAAACCUCCUGUGAGCGAUUGUAGGCGCUGCUCUUCUAGGGUUGGGAUUGUACGUAGCCCAGGCAGCAACCGACUCCAACCAGCGCCUAAUACUGCUCGUAUAAGGUCACGAGUGGAGGAUUUAAACAAUUGCUCCGUGCAAGGGAUUACCGCUGUAUUUACCGUCGCGCAAAGGAUUUUAUGGCGACAAAAGCACAAGCGCAGCUGAACGUUUGACUCUUAUUGGAGAUAAUGAGCCAACGAGCUGGGUUUUUGUCUCGUUCCUCGGCUGCGUGAAGGAUAUAGCGGUUAAGAAGUAGGAGAAACUCGCGUGGAUCCGGCGGACGGACUGGGCUUUGUGUGUGCGUGAGCGCAGGGAGGGGUGACGGACGAGCUCGGAUUACUGAAGAGCGCCACAUCCCCUGGAUCUUCACCUCAUAAAGGAUACAUUCAAGAUGUAUCCGCAGGGCCGGCAUCCGGCACCUCACCAGCCCGGUCAGCCAGGUUUUAAAUUCACAGUCGCAGAGUCUUGUGACAGGAUUAAGGAUGAAUUCCAGUUCCUUCAAGCUCAGUACCACAGCCUUAAAGUCGAGUAUGACAAACUGGCCAAUGAGAAGACUGAGAUGCAGCGACACUAUGUCAUGUACUACGAGAUGUCCUAUGGGCUGAACAUUGAAAUGCAUAAACAGACCGAGAUUGCCAAACGGCUAAAUGCAAUUCUUGCUCAAAUCAUGCCUUUCUUGUCACAAGAGCACCAACAGCAGGUCGCACAGGCUGUUGAGCGCGCUAAGCAGGUGACAAUGACAGAGUUGAAUGCCAUCAUCGGGGUACGUGGACUUCCCAAUCUGCCUCUCACCCAACCUCAUUCUGUAUAUCCUGCUCUGAUGCAGCAGCAGCUUCAGGCUCAGCACCUUUCCCAUGCUGCCCACGGACCCCCGGUCCAGCUGCCCCCUCACCCCUCGGGGCUGCAGCCCCCGGGCAUUCCUCCGGUCCCUGGAUCGGGGUCCGGUCUGCUGGCGCUCGGGGCUCUGGGUAGCCAGGCACAUCUGCCGGUCAAGGAUGAGAAGAACCACCAUGACCUGGAGCACAGAGAACGGGAAUCUAGCGCGCAGAAUAAUUCAGUAUCACCAUCAGACAGCCUGAGGACCAGUGAGAAACACAGAAAUUCAUCCGACUACAGUCUGGACUCAAAGAAACGCCGAGUGGAGGAGAAAGACAACAUGAGUCGAUAUGACAGUGAUGGUGACAAAAGUGACGACCUAGUUGUGGAUGUGUCUAAUGAGGAUCCGGCCACCCCAAGGGUCAGCCCAUCUCACUCCCCUCCUGAGAACGGACUCGAUAAGGCCAGAGCACAGAAGAAAGAUGCGCCCAACAGCCCUGCCUCUGUGGCCUCCUCUGGCAGCACCCCCUCGUCUAAAGUGAAGGACCACCCACACAACGACAAGUCCUCCACCCCAGGUUUGAAGUCCAACACCCCCACCCCACGCAACGAUGCUCCCACCCCAGGAACCAGCAACAACCCUGGGCUCAGGCCCAUACCUGGCAAGCCCCCCGGCAUGGAAGCACUGGCAGCACCUGCACUGCGUACACCAUUGUCAAUUGCGGCACCAUAUGGGGCUCCGUUCGCCAUGAUGGGGCACCACCCAGAGAUGAAUGGCUCAUUGACCAGUCCAGGGGUUUAUCCAGGACUGCACAUCUCCUCUCAGAUGACGGCCGCAGCUGCUGCUGCUGUUGCCUAUGGACGCUCAUCUAUGGGGGGCUUUGAUCCUCAUCCUCACAUGCGUGCUCCUGGUCUGCCAGGAAGUCUGACCUCUAUACCUGGAGGGAAACCGGCCUACUCCUUCCAUGUUAGCGCGGACGGCCAAAUGCAGCCAGUACCUUUUCCUCCAGAUGCUCUGAUUGGACCAGGCAUACCUCGUCACGCCCGCCAGAUCAACACGCUCAGCCAUGGCGAGGUGGUGUGCGCUGUAACCAUCAGCAACCCCACGCGGCACGUCUACACCGGUGGCAAGGGCUGUGUGAAGAUCUGGGACAUCAGUCAGCCAGGCAGCAAGAGUCCUGUGUCGCAGCUCGAUUGUCUGAACAGGGAUAACUACAUCCGGUCCUGUAAGUUGCUUCCUGACGGCCGGACUCUGAUUGUCGGAGGAGAAGCCAGCACUCUUACCAUAUGGGAUCUGGCCUCUCAAACGCCUCGUAUCAAAGCCGAGCUCACCUCUUCAGCUCCGGCCUGCUACGCCUUGGCGAUCAGCCCUGACGCCAAGGUCUGCUUCUCCUGCUGCAGUGAUGGAAAUAUUGCUGUCUGGGACCUUCAUAACCAAACCCUUGUCAGGCAGUUCCAGGGACACACAGAUGGGGCAAGUUGUAUAGAUAUUUCCCACGAUGGCACCAAACUGUGGACGGGUGGUCUGGACAACACAGUUCGAUCUUGGGAUCUGAGAGAGGGACGACAGCUCCAGCAGCAUGACUUCACUUCACAGAUCUUCUCUCUGGGCUACUGUCCAACGGGCGAGUGGUUGGCUGUGGGAAUGGAGAGCAGUAAUGUAGAGGUGCUUCAUCACACCAAGCCAGACAAGUACCAGCUGCACCUGCACGAGAGCUGUGUCCUCUCCCUCAAAUUUGCAUACUGUGGUAAAUGGUUUGUGAGCACUGGGAAGGACAAUCUCUUGAAUGCCUGGAGGACUCCCUAUGGUGCCAGCAUUUUCCAGUCAAAAGAGUCGUCGUCUGUCUUGAGCUGUGACAUCUCAGCUGAUGAUAAAUACAUCGUGACAGGAUCUGGAGACAAGAAGGCCACUGUGUAUGAAGUGAUCUACUAAAUUUACACCUCUGACUGUGGCUUCAACAACCUGCGAAUGGAGCUAUUGUUCAGGCCUGACUUUGAAUGGAUACAACAGGACACUCCUUCACCGUUUUCUGAAAGAUAUCGACAGUAGGAACCCAGGUUGGAAUUUGAGUGGUCCACUCAGGAUCAGUACCAGAUGUUUUUUAAGCACCUCUGGAUUCUUACAGCAGUGGAGCAGUCCUCUACUGAUCAAACUGGAAAAACUAUCCCAAGGACUCCCUGACAGCACUAAUAUAGUAAAUAUUGUCAUGCCUUUGCUUUCAGUGUGCUCAUGGGAUUGUGUGUGCCUAUUCCUUCUGUAGUAUUUUUUUCUUUUAUCUUUUCUCAUUUUAACACAAAGAGAACGAUCUGUGAUGUAAUAUGAAGCAGUGCUUCAAUUUUAGCCUCCUGCUCCUUGGACAAUUUGUUAUAUAAAGUGUAUAUAUGGAGUAAUAAAGACGUUUUAUAAAUAUAUAUAAUUAUAUAUAUUUCCAUGUCCUGAUAUACUUGUGAUGGGUUGCUUUGUCCUCAUGUCCUUAAUGCUUGAUGAAUGUAGGUUAGGACACUUUUUUUUCUUUUCAAUUUUGUAAGCACACUCUCUGGGCUGGCUAUUUGCUAACAGUGGCCAACUCUUGUGGGAAAACCACCGUUUCGGAAUCAUUUUAAGAGACUUUGUCUUCAUUUUUUAGCGAUUAUUUUUGGUUUCGAGUUUAUGUGCUGUUUAUGGAAAUGGGAUCACGUCCUGCGGAGGUCAGAACCGACGGAUCGCUGCAAGAAAACAGCCCAGAAGAGAGUGAGAGUCGUUUGUAAAUUGAAAGGGAUAUAAACUCGGAGGAUAACUAACUUUACUACUUGUCUGUGUCCUUGUGUGGCGUCUUGUUGGAAAGAGGAA